AUGAAAAAACAAAAUAAAUUAUUUUGUCAUAAGCUUGUCAUGAGUUUGAUGUAUAGGCGUUCUACAAAAAUACCAAAUUUAAAAAAACCAUCUGUUUCAAGAACUAUAAGUGUAACUAAUAAUGAAUUAGAUUAUUCAUUACUUGAAAUUAAUAGCUGUCCUAAUUCUCCAGCUGUAAAAAAGGUGUUUCGUCUUGUUGUAGUUGGCUCAGCUAGAACUGGUAAAACAGCAAUAGUAAGCAGAUUUUUAAAUGAAGGUUUUGAAGAAAGAUACAUUCCAACAAUUGAAAAUUUUCAUCGUAAAAUAUAUAAACGUGGUGGUGAUGUUUAUCAAUUAGAUAUUGUUGAUUGUUCAGGAAUGGAUCCAUUUCCUGCUGCUAGAAAAUUAUCAUAUGCUACAGGUGAUAUGUUUAUUUUAGUCAGUAGUGUUGAUCAUUCUGAAUCAUUAAAUCAUAUGUUAGAUUUAUAUGAUCAAAUAAUUGAAUGUAAAGUUUCUAGAGGUUUACCAGUAUCAAAUGUUCCUAUGGUAUUUGUACUUAAUAAAGCAGACCUUCCUCGUGUUAAAUGGUAUUAUAAUGAAGCUGAAUUUACUAAUAAAGUAAUACAAACAACAAGUAGUACAAGUAAAAGUUUAAUAUGUUCAGCUAAAUUAAAUGAUAAUAUGGAACAAUUAAUAAUUAAUCUUUUUCAACAAGCAAAACUUCCAAAAUUUAUGUGUUUUGGUAAUCAUAAAGCUUUACGUUCUAAACAUUCUGCUGAUGAUGAUUGUAAUGACUCUCCCAGUACUAAGGGACACUUAUUAAGAAGAAUGAGGGAAAAAUUUUCUCGAGAAAAUGAAGAUGAAUGUUAUACUCAAUUAAAUGCACGGCGCUCCAGUUUAAGAACAGAUUUGUUAUUAACAAGAGCUAAAAGUAUGGAAAGGCGCAAUAAGUCAAAUAAUAAUAAUAUUGGACAUAGAAUAUCUAUUAAACAUAAUAAUCGCAAUGAAGAAUUGUACGUUGUUGAAACAAUAACUAAUGUUGAUAAUCAUUCAAAAAAAUGUGUUAUUAUGUAA